AGCAGAAAUGGAGAAAUUAUCAAUAUUUUCCACAGGAAAAAGCAAGAUUUCUGGCGUUCUGCGUCAAUAAAUCAAUGAUGAAAGAUGUCCAUAUUAUGGACAAUGGUACACAGCUGAUGUAAAAGACUGACUGGUAUCCAUCACUACGAAGAUUUGGAAAGAUUUCUCACCCUUGAUUGCCAAUUAUCAUCUGAUAAUGAUUCAAUUAACGUCAUUAAGAUUAGCCACUGCCGUACGUUUUCUUCUGGUGCUAUCAUGUGUUCGACCCGGACAACUGGAACACCCCACCGGCAAGAAUAAGGACAUAUGGAUUGGUGGGAUCUUUCCGAUGGAAGGAGGGUGGGCAGGCGGUAAUGGUUGCUUCCCUGCCACGAUAAUGGCGCUGCAAGAUGUCAAUGCUCGAUCUGAUAUUCUGCCUGGAUAUCGUCUGCAGAUGGCGUAUAAUGACAGCAAGUGCAGUGCCGGUCUGGGAACGAAGGCGAUGUAUGAACUCCUCUACAACCCUCCAACCAAAAUCAUCUUCCUAGUUGGCUGCAGUUUGGUCUCAACAUUCGUGGCGCAGGCAGCCAAGAUGUGGAAUCUGGUAGUGUUGUCCUACGGCUCCAGCUCUCCUGCCUUGUCAGAUCGGACUCGCUUCCCGACGUUCUUCCGCACCCAUCCGUCUGCCAACCUGCAGAAUCCGACGCGGAUUAAAUUGAUCAAGCGCUGGAACUUCUCCCGUAUCGCCACCAUACAGCAGAUUGAAGAAGUAUUCACAUCUACGAUUCAAGAUCUUGAAAAUAAAGUGAAAAAUGAGGGCAUUGAGAUCGCAAUAAGAACAAGUUUCCUCAACGAUCCAACUAAUGCAGUCAAAAGUUUAAAGAGGCAAGAUGCACGUGUCAUCAUUGGUGUAUUCUAUGAGGGCUACGCGAGAAGGGUUUUCUGUGAGGCCUACAAACAGGGCCUGUAUGGCAAGAAGUAUGUCUGGUUCCUGAUUGGUUGGUAUGCAGACGACUGGUACCUACUACCAAAUCAGCAUGUCAACUGUACGAAGGAGGAAAUGAAAAAAGCGGUCGAGGGCCAUUUUACGACUGAGUCGAUGAUGUUGAAUCAAGCAGACGUGGCGACUGUCUCUGGAAUGACGUCGAGCGAGUUUCAGCAGCGCCUCAUAAAUGUCUAUCUGAACAACACCAAUCCAAACAGAGUGGUCGGAUACCCUGAGGCACCGCUGGCCUACGAUGCAGUCUGGGCUACGGCACUAGCAUUGGACAAGGUCACGAAGAGAUUGGCGGCCAAGAAUCGAAGCAUUGAAGAAUUUCACUACCACAACAAGGAAAUUUAUGAUGAGAUAUUCAAGGCUGUCAAUGAAACAAAGUUCCUCGGAGUCUCGGGCCCUGUCUAUUUCACGAAAUCAGGUGACCGCAUCGCCUGGACUCAGAUUGAACAAAUGGUCGACGGCAAAUACAACAAAGUCGGUUACUAUGACUACUUCACCAACAACCUGUCAUGGCUUGGCGGAGAAAAAUGGAUCGGUGGAAAGCCGCCACCAGAUCAGACGGCGAUCGUCCUCAAACUGCGUGUGGUAUCGAUGGGUCUGUACAUUGGCAUGAGUGUGGUGGCCACCCAGGGCAUCAUCAUUGGACUUGUCUGUCUCUUGUUCAACACCUUCAACCAGCACAGGAGUCAUAUUCGUCAGUCCACUCCAGUUCUGAAUAGCGUGACGGCUGUUGGUUGUAUGAUUUGUCUCACUACCAUCUUCCUCCUCGGACUCGACGGCAGAUUCGUGUCAGAAAGAACCUAUCCGAUCCUCUGUCAGAUGCGGGUGUGGGUUCUGUCCAUAGGUUUCACCUUGGCGUACGGCUCCAUGUUCACCAAAGUCUGGACCGUCUACCGUCUUGCCAUCAGGCGCAAAAAGGACAGUCGGAUGAAUAUCCAGCCAUGCGAGAUUUACAUCGUCCUUGCCAUUCUGUUGAUAAUCGACCUCAUUUUCUUGACCGUGUGGCACAUAAUGGAUCCCCUCCGUCGAAUUCUCCAAGAUUUCCCGAAAGAAUCGCCGAAGGAUACGGAUGCAGACGUGCUGUAUGUACCGCAACUGGAGCAGUGCACAUGUACUCAUCUCACUAUCUGGCUGGGUGUUAUCCUAGGCUACAAGGGCCUUCUCCUCAUGUUUGGCAUCCUACUCUCCUACGAGACUCGCAGCGUCAAGAUCAAGACUGUGAACGACUCCAGAUUUGUGGGGAUGGGCAUCUACAAUGUCGUGGUAUUGAGUAUCAUCACAGCCCCUGUGACACUGAUCAUCAGCGACCAACAAGACGCGAGCUUCGCAUUCGUGGCGUCUGCCAUCAUCCUUUGCUGCUUCCUCUCAAUGGGCCUGAUAUUUGUACCAAAAAUCUUCGACAUUAUCCGCCAUCCCAAUGAUGCGCAGGAAACCGCAGCACUGACGGAGGCAUUGGCGAAUCGGGAAGAGGAGGAGAGGCAUCAGCGCCUCCUGGCAGAGAAUGAGGAACUAAAGAAACAAAUAGCAGAGAAAGAAGAGAGGAUUAAAGACCUUAACAAGCGCAUACAGCUGAGGUCCGAGAGCAGGGCGCGGAUGCAAAGCACUUCCAGCUUCAGCGAAAAAGAUGCCGUCGUCAUCGAAAAUACGGGUAGAACUUACAGCCUGAAGGUGGAGAGCAAAAACUUGCUGACUCCACCCCCAGGCAAGAUAUUUAGCGAGGAGGCACUGAGCACUGGCGACGGAAAUUCUGACUCUGCGAUGGCGAUGAGUUCGACAAUGAAGAGUUCCUCGAAGACUUCUGAUGAGCAUGAUGAGACGUUUUCUGAAUCCUGUUUGUAAAGUCUGACGAAACAUACUUGAGCAGCUCAGUAAGCUCUACAACCUGAGCAUUUCUGACUGGUACCCAUUUAUACAUGUACACCUAGAUGGAGUACCGGGGAAGGCAAGUUUGGCAAGGAGACCUACCUAGAGUCUUAGGCCAACUGAAGGGUUCGACCCAGACUGCUCAUCGAGAGUCUGAGCCAUAAGACCACAUCAGCAAAUGAAAUAAAUCCAGCAAAUGAAAUAAAUGUGGCCUUAGGUUGUAAACGUUCAUGUCAAGGAAGAAUUUCUUUGUGAACUUUGUUCAUCGUGUAGAAAUGUUACAAAAAAGAAACAAUGCAAAUUCAUUUACAAGGAAACAAGAUUCCUGAUCUUGAACUAUUUAUCUGAUCUUAUUUAUAUCUCAUAUAUUCGUAAAUAGAAAAGUGUUAUUUUUAUAGCGGAUGAUGUACAUGUAAGAGUUCUAUUUGUUGCUGUUUAUUUUACUUUGUUUUAUUCAAGACUGUUCGCAUUUUGCAUUGUUAGUGUGUUUUGAAAAUAAUCUGUAUUUUGUAGUACAUGUAUAUACUCUGUCACCCCAGUAAAUUUUGUCUUAUUUGACAAAAUUUUCUAAACCUUGUCAUAUUGAUAUUUCGUUUUGUACAUCAUGCUAGUGUAUUGUUUGCUUUCUGUAAGUUCUUCUAGUCAAUUGAGUUGAAAAGUGAAAUCAGAUAAACUGUUAGUCCCCGAAUGUGUGACUCUUUUUACAGUAAUGUUGGGAAUGCACUUCAAAUUUCUCCUGGUGUUACCUCAAAAUUCAUUAAGGCUGAAAAAAGAGGAUAAAUUGCAGACACUGAAGGCACGACUCUCAACCCUUUCCUCCCCAAGAUGAAAUAAUUCAGUCUUUUUUCAGCUUGAAUGUCUUUUGAGAUGAUCUCAGUGGCCAGAGUGACUUAUUCUGCAUGUCUGGGUUGUUAAAUCAUACAAAAGAAUCGUAAACAUUGUAUUUGUUGCGGCAUUGCCUUAGUGCCGUUAUCAUGAAUGUAAAUAGACUGUAUUCUUCCGUUAGAGUGCACCACUUGACACUGUCAAAAAACAUGAUGUACCAUACCCGCAUUUAAAAUAAAUUUUUCAAAUUUUCGAACAAAAAGAGUAUGCCUUUAUAGAAGGCUAUUCUACAUAGUAUUCUGAUCACUGCCAAUAUUGUUUUACUCUGGUUUUCGAGUACAGCCAGACCUGUUGAACGGACCUCAUUUUUAUUGGACCAGGGGUAAUAAUGUCCAGGUUAUAUUCGGAUCUCAAACUAUAGAUCCAUGCACUUGAUUGGGACCAACGUUUACGAAAACGUCGCGUCACGUCACGUUACCCUAAUGUAAAAUGCAUGGUGACGUGACGACGGCCAACACUACGUCAUGUCAACGUUGUUCCCAAUCAAGUGCAUGAAUCUAUAGUGCCCAGAAUUAAAUAUCUUGAGCACCACCAUUUAACAAAAUCGUGACUGUUGUUGAUGUUAUAUGUGAACUUUGUGCUAGUCAUAGAAUGAUAUUUAUGUUACAGGCAAGAGGCCUUACUAAAGCAAUAAAGGUUCAGUCAAAGUAGAAAAUA